AUCAAAUCAAGAAGAAAUGUCACACAACAGAGAGAGAUUUUGUACAUUUCAAUGUUUUUGAAAAUCUUAAUUCUAUAAAAUUUAUGUAAAAAAUUAAGUUUGUAUUAAAAUAUACUUGUUGUUUGUAUGGAGAAUAAUGGAUAGUGUGUCGUGCGGUUGUGAUGUUUAAGCGUAAUGGGAAAAUUCAGCACUUACAGGUAUUUAGAGUUGAAAGAUGAGACCGCCGCGCCUCCGCCACAGACCAGCUCAAGGAGAGUUAUAACGCAGCCACGACGGCUGAAGAAAGUAUUCUUCCUUCUAUUGGUAGUGGUGCUGGUAGUUACUUAUUUAACGGGUCUGUUCGCGGGGCAGUCGCAAUGGCUGGACGGCAUCGCGAAGACUCUUGGGUACCAGAGCGUCCACCAUUAUGCUGUGAUCAUAGACGCCGGGUCCUCAGGGUCGAGGGUUCUGGCGUACAGAUUCAGGGUGCCGUUCACAGUAUUUGGCGAUAAAGACAUAGACUUAGCUGAAGAGUAUUUCGAGCAGUUAAAGCCUGGCUUGUCGUCUUUUGCCGAUGAACCUGCAAAGGGUGCAGCCACAAUUGUGAAGCUGAUAGAGUCAGCUCAGUUCCUAAUACCGGAGGAGAAGCGACGCGACACUCCUCUAUUAGUUCGAGCCACUGCGGGCCUUCGGUUGCUGCCCAAAGAGAAGGCACAGCAGCUGUUAGAUGAAGUUAGGGACGCUAUUUGUAGGGAAGAUCGUGUUUUAUGUCGUUCUUUGGAGGAGGCUUCCCUCCUUUUUCUGGAGGAGAAACGACGCGAGACGCCACUCUUAGUUCGAGCCAUUGCUGGCCUUCGGUUGCUGCCCAAAGAAAAGGCACAGCAGCUGUUAGAUGAAGUUAGAGACGCUAUUUGUAGAUUAGGCUUCGAUAAGGUGAAUAAUGAUAGCGUGCAGAUUAUGGACGGCUCAGACGAAGGAAUCUUCAUUUGGUACACUUUGAAUCUCUUACAUGACUCAAUGGGCGGGUCGACGAUGGCGGCGCUCGACCUCGGCGGGGGCUCCACACAAAUAACGUACGCGCUGCCCGAGCACGAGCGCGCCCGCUACCCCGCGCGCGACCAGCACGCCGUGGCCGCGGGAAGCGCUAACAUCUCGCUCUACACGCACAGCUACCUAAACCUAGGCUUGCUAGCGGCUAGAUACGGCAUCUUCCGACUAGAGCACAGCAGUCGGGGUGGCGCUGACAAUACCACAGAGUUCACCUCCGUGUGUGUAGACCCUAUCGUACAGAAGGAGAAGUGGACUUACGCCAAUAAGCAGUAUUUUGUUAGCGGCGCUUCCCGCCAAGGCCUCAAACGGGACGCUGUAUACAACCGCUGCCACGCGCUAGUCAGCCGCUACGUCAAGAACACGCUCGACUGGGAGCCGACGCAGCCGCCGCGAGGCAGCAUCGCAGCCAUGAGCUACUUCUACGACGUGGCCGCGGACAUUGGCAUGAUCGGUGAGUGUAUACACGCGCAGUAUACACCGCGUGCAGUAUACACCGCGUGCAGUAUACACCGCGUGCAGUAUACACCGCGUGCAGUAUACACAGCGUGCAGUAUACACAGCGUGCAGUAUACACCGCGUGUGUAUAGUGAGACGUCACGCAGCCGCUAUCAAGAACACGCUCGACUGGGAGCCGACGCAGCCAUGAGCUACUUCUACGACGUGGCCGCGGACAUCGGCAUGAUCGUGAGACGUCACGCAGCCGCUACCAAGAACACGCUCGACUGGGAGCCGACGCAGCCGCCGCGAGGCAGCAUCGCCGCCAUGAGCUACUUCUACGACGUGGCCGCGGACAUCGGCAUGAUCGUAUACACCGCGUGCAGUAUACACCGCGUGUGUAUAGUGAGACGUCACGCAGCCGCUACCAAGAACACGCUCGACUGGGAGCCGACGCAGCCGCCGCGAGGCAGCAUCGCCGCCAUGAGCUACUUCUACGACGUGGCCGCGGACAUCGGCAUGAUCGAUGUGAUGAAAGGCGGCACCGUAUCAGUAUCUCAGUACCGGUCGCACGCGGCGCGAGCUUGUUCUGGUUCUAACGUGGAGCAGCCGUGGGCGUGCAUAGACUUGGUCUACGUGGUCACCUUGCUGCAAGACGCGUAUAAGAUCGGCGAUAAUGAGCCCAUAUCAGUGAGUACCUAUACAGCCUCUAUACAGCUUAUAUAG